AUGGGCUAUAAUUCCUGGUAUGACUUGGAGUGCUCUGAAUCUAUGAAUGAGAGCACACUGAGGCAGAUUGCCGAUGCCAUGGUGGACACAGGUCUCCGAGACCUGGGUUACAAUUACUUGAACUUGGACGACUGCUGGGCCAAGGGACGGCAUGCGAAUGGCACGGUUUUUGCAGAUCCGGCUAAGUUUCCUAGCAGCACAUUGAAGCCUCUAGCAGACUACGUCCACAGCAAGGGCCUACGCUUCGGCACUUACACAGACAGAGGCACUGCAACGUGCGCAGGCCGCCCCGGUGCCUCCAACUAUGAGAAGAUUGAUGCUGAGACCUAUGCUGAAUGGGGCGUUGACUAUCUCAAGGAGGAUUCCUGUAACGCGCCCUCAGAUCACGACACAGCCUUCCAGCAGUAUGGUCGCAUGCGUGAUGCGCUCAACGCAACAGGGAGGCCGAUCCUUUUUAGCCUCUGCGGCUGGAGCGCCUGGUAUGCACCCGUGGGCAAGAGCCUGGGCAACAGCUGGCGGAUAGGCCCUGAUGACACAGACUGGUCGGGCGUUCUGAAAAAUAUCGAUGCAAUGAGUGGUCUGGACAAAUUUGCGGGCCCAGGUGGUUGGAACGAUCCCUGUCUCCUGCUCAGCAGGCAGUGGACAGGGACAAGCAGGGUCUCAGAGUUGCAGACGCGAGCGCAGUUCUCCAUGUGGUCGGUCUUGGCUGCACCACUGUUGAUCAGCGGUAGCAUCUUGAACAUGUCCACGGAUACUUUGACAACUUACAGCAACAGGGAGGUUAUUGCAGUAAGCCAAGAUACGUUGGGCAUACCGGGACGACGCCUCUAUGGCAGCUCCAUGGCAGAUGGGCGGUCCACAACUAACAUUUGGGGGCGCCAGCUAUCGAAUGGUGCUGCCUCCCUCGUAUUUCUGAACGUGGGCCCCCAGCCUGAAACCUUGACCUGUGAUCAUGCCUGUUUCGCCUCAAUGGGGUUUGCUGCCACAGAUCAUCUGAAAGUCCGCGACUUGUGGUCAAAGCAGCAGCUGCCCGACGUCACGGCUUCAACGCUAACGGCAAACUUGCCGCCCAAUGGUGGACACCUCAUGGUGUCUGUUCAGAAAGAGUCAGCACAGGAGAACCAACUCCUGGUGUGA